CGAAUGCAAAAUAUCCCUGAAGGUUUAACAACUGAAAAUUGGGAGAAAAUGCUACAAGUCUUUGCAUCAAAGGAAUUUGUGGAACUGAGUGACAGGAAUUCAAAGAAUCGAGCAAAUCAAACACUUGUUGCAUGUACCGGACCAGUUACGUUUGCACAAGUGAACUAUGAUAUGAUUGAUGAGGAAACCGGUGAAGAACCAUUAGCUUCUGAGGCUUGGAUGGCUCAACAUGCAACUAUGAAUGACAAUAACGAGCCUCAAUGGGUCAAUAAUGAAUCAUUCCUAGCUUAUCAACAAAUAAGAAGAGUUGAAGAAGAAGUUGUACCAGUCAAUCCAAAUGUUAAUGUGUUGAAAGAGGCUUUCAAGACUCGCUCUGGUCGUAUUCCUGGUACAGGAACUGGCUGCAAGUCAAGGAGACAAGCAUCAAUCAAUACACAAGCUGGAAAAGUGGUCCAGCUUGAGGCACAAUUGGCCGCGGUGACAACAAGAUUAGAAGAACAAGCUCAACGAAAUCAAGAGCUGACAACAAGAUUAGAAGAUCAAGGAAGGCAUAAUCUAUUGUUGAACCAGAGAUUUGAGAAACUAAUGGAAAUGGUAGAAAGUCAACAACAUAUGCCAUCAUCAUCAGAAGAUACUCAAUCCGAAGAAACUCUAAGUCCGGAAGAGAGGGUUGAAGAAGAGUUUGAAAGGGAGCAACGUUAUUUGAAGGUGAUGAAUCUGAAUCGAAAGAGGAUUUCACCAACAAAAAGGUCUUCUGCUCCAAAGAAGAAGAAGUGAUUUUUGGCUUGUGCAAGGAAGAUGGGAGUGGGACAAGAAGCAUCUUUAUGGAUCAAAUUUGAGCUAUGAUGAUUCAAGAGAAACAAAUUUUUAUUCAUCAAUAUUGUUGGCCCUAUGAAUUUCAACGUAGUUAUUUUUAUAUGAUUUUGAAUAAUUAUGAUACAUUAAUUACGAUUGUUUUAGCUAUUUAUACAUUUGGAUGCUAUUGAUUUUAUUAAUAUUUGGCUUAUAUAUUCUUUAUUUAAUUUGAUGCAAAUGUGGAUGAUAUAUGGUAUUAAAAUUUAUAUAGAAA